UCGUCGGCGUUGGGAGGCGACAAACGUAGGAGGAGCCGUUCACGGGAACAUGGUUGACGUCAUCGCGUUCUGUGCGUCUGACGUCACUGUUAGGCGCUGAGAUCUGUCAGAGGAUCCCCCAGUAUCGGGGCCCGAAUCCCGAGGUGCUGCGUCGUUACUGUCUUGCUCAAGCUCCAAAACAAUGUCUGAAGGGGAAAGUAAAGUGGCUCCAAGCACAGGCUCAGACCCAAAACUGGAGAGUGUGUCCUCUAUGUCCCCCCCUGUGAGUGCCCCGUCUGUUGCUGCCCAAGAAGAGGAAGAAGAGGAGGAAAGUGAAGAUGAAUCUGAGAUCCUGGAGGAGUCGCCUUGUGGUCGCUGGCAGAAACGGCGUGAAGAGGUGAACCAGCGCAAUGUUCCGGGUAUUGAUAGCGCUUAUCUCGCCAUGGACACGGAGGAAGGGGUCGAGGUCGUCUGGAAUGAGGUGCAGUUCUCAGAAAGGAAGAACUUCAAGCUACAAGAGGACAAAGUUAAAGCCGUGUUUGAUAAUCUGAUUCAGCUGGAGCAUCUCAACAUUGUCAAGUUCCAUAAGUACUGGGCGGACGUGAAGGAGAACCGCGCGCGGGUCAUUUUCAUUACGGAGUACAUGUCGUCUGGAAGUCUCAAGCAAUUCCUGAAGAAGACCAAGAAAAACCACAAGACUAUGAAUGAGAAGGCGUGGAAGAGGUGGUGCACACAGAUCCUGUCUGCAUUAAGCUACCUGCACUCCUGCGACCCUCCCAUUAUCCACGGGAAUCUGACCUGUGACACCAUUUUCAUCCAACACAAUGGACUCAUCAAAAUAGGAUCUGUCUUUCAUAGGAUUUUUGCUAAUGUGGCCCCAGACACCAUCAACAAUCACGUGAAGACCUGUCGGGAAGAGCAGAAGAAUUUGCAUUUCUUUGCUCCGGAAUAUGGUGAGGUGACCAAUGUGACUACAGCAGUUGAUAUCUACUCCUUUGGGAUGUGUGCGUUGGAGAUGGCGGUUCUAGAGAUCCAGGGGAAUGGGGAGUCCUCUUAUGUACCCCAGGAGGCUAUAAAUAAUGCCAUUCAGUUCCUGGAGGACCCGCUGCAGAGGGAAUUCAUUCAAAAAUGUCUGGAAACGGAUCCCAGCAAACGUCCCACCGCCCGGGAGCUUCUCUUCCACCAGGCUCUGUUCGAGGUUCCAUCCCUGAAACUGCUGGCAGCGCACUGCAUCGUGGGUCAUCAGCAUAUGAUACCAGAAAAUGCCUUAGAAGAAAUGACAAAGAACCGAGACAUGAGCGCUGUGUUAGCGGAAAUCUCGCACCCUGACCGGGAAGGUUUCCGCAUGAUGUUCUCCCAGUCCCCGGCUCUGGAGCUAGACAAGUUCCUGGAAGAUGUCAGAAAUGGUAUUUACCCCCUCACUGCUUUUGGAAUACCCCGACCUCAGCAGCCACAACAGGAGGUGGUUAAAUCUCCGGUUGUUCCCCCGUCUGUGAAGACACCGACCCCUGAACCGGCAGAAGUGGAAACACGUAAGGUGGUUCAGAUGCAAUGCAAUAUCGAGUCUGUCGAUGAAGGAGCAAAACAUCAUCUGACUUUAUUGCUGAAACUGGAAGACAAGCUGAACAGACACCUCAGCUGUGACUUAUUACCCAAUGAGAACAUCCAGGAGCUGGCUGCAGAGCUGGUACAGUUGGGCUUUGUUAGCGAGGUCGACCAAAGCAGACUCACCUGUUUACUUGAAGAAGCGUUUAGCAAAUUCUUCUUUGCGCGUAACGGAAGCAUAAGUGCUGUCACUGUGUCUUCAUAGCAACUAACAGCACCAGCGGGCUGGGGUCUACAGCAGUCCACCCCGCCUGCCCUGACUGCAUAUACACUCCCCAGGAGCAGAGAGGAAGAGCCAUCGCCUCUGGCAGUGUGUCCCGGCAGCACACGAGGGUCCUGCCCUGCUUACUGUUUACACAUUGAAAGGAUUACACCGAUGUUACACCUACUCAGUAGCGCCCUCCUGUGGACACGGGGCUGCGCGUGACUUCCUGUGAGUGCGUUAUGUAGAGCACACUACAGCCUCUCUGAUAUUUGUUAGCUAUCUUGUCUUUGGGUAAUGGGACAAUCUUCUGUCUAUAUCAGGAUGAGGCAUUGCACAGUAUAAGAGAAGGGAGAUGAAGGCGUCACUCAUACAUUUCAUCCAGUACCUGUAUAGCGCCUCCUAGUGCUCAAGCCUUAGCUUAUCUGUGUCUUGUUUACAGCCUCUGUGACUUGUAGGCCCAGCUUCCUUCCUCCGGGAGCGGGCCGGUCGCUGGAUAGGUGACGCUGUCAGGCGGUGGUGGGCUCUGGGGUCUCACUAGGUGGCAGAUGGUCUGUAGCAGUGCUUCUUAGUGUAUGGUUCCUGGCACGCCACUGAGGUCACAAUAUGUAUUAACCCUUUCUCAGCCAUGCUGUGAGGGGAGACGUGUUCCUUAUACCAUGUUCUUAGCUUUGCACAUUAUGGAAAUAACCUGUAUUACUUUAUGUGACAUUGUCCGUUUUAUUUGUAACUAAUACUUUCCCUUUUUCUGUAAAUAAACUUGAAGUUUGUUGUAUUUAA